UGUCGCUUGGUCUACUACAACACUAAUCUGUCAAAUGAAUCUGUUGUUUUUAGUUUAUUUUCCAGUCUAAACAGUAUCUAAAUUUAUCUUAAUCAUUAUAAUAGUGUCUCGAAUAUAUUGGGCUGAAAACUGUAACAGGUUAAAUGAACGGGGUGUGUGAAUCGACCAAGUUUGAAAGUUCGCCAGAAUAUGACAGAAUGGAUAUCAGCGAGACCUCCGAAGUGUCAUCUCCUGGCGAGCAACCACUGACCCUGGACAAUCAGACGAGCUAUGCACAGGCAAAUGCUCCUACACCAGUCAAAAGAAAUAGUCUCACAACAGUCAAGCUACAGAAUGGAGCUACUAGAAAUACUCAGCCUACAACCACCCACCCGCUGGACAACGCACUUGACAAGGACUUGUCUCUUAGCUUGGAGAGCCUGGAUCUGGAAUUGCCAACUCUUGAAAACUACAUCGAUGCACCAAUAGACUUUCCCAGCAGCCCUAAAGAACUGAGGCAAAACCUAGAAGCUUGCGGGAUCCCAUUACCUCAAGAGCUUGAUUCAGGAGCUACGGGUCUUAGUGAUGAAGAUGAUGAGGACCAUUCUAUAUUUCAAGCGGUUUUGUCCCCGGAUUGUCAAGAUGUCAGGUUAAAACGUGAAAGACCUUCCGGCUUAACAAUCAAGAAGAAAAAGAUAGCCUUGACAAAAGAAAUUUUGAAUGGAUUAGACGACGAUCAGAUUUCAAGCGUGAUGUCGGAUGAUGAUAUCGAUCAGCUGUUGAGUCCAGACCUGGACUCUCCGGAUGAGCUGGAGGAUUCCAUUUUGGAACAGCUAGAUAACUCACCGUCAAAUGACAAAGAGCCGAUCCCUGAACUGACGGCAGAAGAGGAGAGGGAUGAAAGUCGCAACUGGCAGAGAUGCAACGUGGCUGGAGUCGAGAGGAGAAUAGACAUGAAGGUGAUAGAACCCUACAAAUGUGUUUUGUCUCACGGUGGCUAUUUGAACGCAGGAUCUCACAAUGCCAUUAUUGUAUUCAGCGCUUGUUUCCUACCUCAUCAUGGUAGGGUGGAUUACAACUACGUCAUGGAUAACCUGUUCCUUUACGUCCUCUCUACUCUGGAUCAACUCAUAACCGAGGAUUAUGUUUUGGUUUACCUCCACGGAGGUACAGCUAAAGACUGCAUGCCUACCUUCUCCUGGCUCAAACGAUGUUACCAGAUGAUCGACAGACGACUCCGUAAAAAUCUAAAAAAACUUUACCUCGUACAUCCUACAUUUUGGCUGAAAACCAUCGUCAUGAUGGCCAGACCGUUUAUCAGUUCUAAAUUCAGCAAGAAGCUUCACUUCAUCAGCAGCUUGGAGGAAUUGAUGGAGUUGGUGCCUCUAGAACAAGCCAGCAUUCCAGACCGGGUCAAGAAGUAUGACAAACUCAAACAAGCUAUGGUCGACGGCAACUAACACACAGUACCUGCAACACGCACCGUAGCCCCACGAAUAAGGUGAUGAUAAUAACGUAGAAUAAGACAUCCCAGAUCUGUUUACUCGUUUGUCUUUCAACAUUCCACAUGAAAUAUGUAGUACAGUUUUCUGUUUAUGCUGGAUACUUAAAUACUGCUCACAAAGAUCUGCUGUAGAGUAUAUGCGUUUUGUAUAAUCAAAUUCAAACUAGUCAUUUUAUUUUUGUAAACAGAUUCGGAAUUAAAACUGUGUUAGAUUGAGCUUGUAGGGCUCGCAGAGUUACCAAAUGUCUGGAAUACUUGUCGUACCCUCUAGGUUAAAUCACAAAUAUUCCCUGUCGCUUAGAGUCUCAGCAUUUGUAAUCUCCGCUUUUGUCCAUAACUAGUGAUAUGUUGAAUUGAUUUAUUUUAAUAUGCUACACUCCAUUCUAGCAUUAAGAAGAUUUUUAACUACACUCAGUUUCUUGUUAUUGUUUUACUAUUUUAAAACACGUAACUUAGUUAUGUGUUUGUAUUUUUGUAAGAAUUUAUUGCAUGGACUAUUUCUCAUGCAAAGUAUAUCAUACAGUUAAAUAUUAUAAAUCUUACGGAUUUCAAAAAAUGAUAACAUCGAAUUUUAUAUAUUUUUAAAAAAUAAGUUAAGGUUCUGUAAAUACAACAGCUACAUUGGGUAGUCAAUGUAAAUUUACAGAUGAACAGGGGUUUAUAAUCUAAAACCUGGAUAGUUAUUAAUCUCAUUUUGUUUUCUGCUCAUACCUCAAAUAUUUCGAUCCCACGAGUGCUUGUCCUCAAUAACUUAACCCACUUUUACAUGUCCAUCAGCCUUAUUACAAAUAUAAUAGGGUACUGUAGACUAGAUAUAUAGGUAUUUACUUUGUUCUACAACUGGUCUUGGGAAUAGUUAAGCAUUUUUUUAAACAUUGCACAAAUGUCAUUUUCCCUAAACUUGACUAAAAUGAAAAUUAAGUUCACCAUUAAAAAUAACAAAGGUAUAUUAAAUAUAGAUUGUGGUAUAAACUGGUACAAUAUACCAAUUGUAUUUAUUUAGCAAAUACAAGAGUACCAGAAAUGCAAAGCACGCACUAGGUAUUUUACAACUAAUAACGCCUUUGCAAUCCCAAAUACUAAAGCCUUCAUAUUGUUUGUAAAGGCUUUUCUUUGAAUAGUUUUUGGUAAUAUUGAAAAUUGGCUAAAUAAACAAUAUUGCAGCUAUUUAGUUAAAUAAAUAUGAAUUUUGAUUCAAUAAUGCUAGUUUGAUAUCAUUUUAUCAGCUUUUGAAUCAGGGAUCUCAACAGUUAACCAAGUUUUUUUCUGUACUGUUAUGAUAUAUUUCCUUAAGCUUGAUAUUCAUUGUGUAAUCGAGGUUUUUUACAUUCUUAUAAACAAAUCAUAAAACCGUUUAAAAACUGGUUUGAUAUUACAGUAGAAUAAGCUAAUACUUAAAUUCUAAUUAUUUUCUAUUUUGCCACUGAAUCCCCCCCGAUUUUACAAGUAGUUGGUGUUAGUGCUUAAUUUCCUAUUGCAUAAUUCUGUAAAACAAGUUAAGUAGGAUUUCAUCAAUACAAGAUCUUAUACAAAUCAAAAACAUACUUACCAAGCAGAUUGUUUUUUUUUCAAAAUUGCGUUUCCUUAAAUUUUUUCUUGCAGAGGCAAUUCAAUCCAGGCCUUAAGUGACAUUUCCAGUUCAAAGUACAUUAAUAAAACAGGCGUUUACAGUGUAUAAAAGAUUACAAUUCUGAAUUUUAUAAUUACUAACUUAUAAUGUUUUCUUCAACAAAUAUUACAAACUACUAACUUCUUGUCUGUCUCCAAAUAAGAAAUUUUAGACUUCACAGGUCCUGAUCCUUCUUCCAUACCAUCCUAAGGUUAACUUUGAACAUACAAAUAUUUUCACCCUUACCCUUAUUAAUGUUAUCAGAUUCAAUAUAUGUUGCAUAUCUGUUGAAUAUUGUUGGGUGUUCAAUAUUUAGUAUUUGCGGUUUAAGUUUUUCUUUGGCAGCUAUCCACAGACUUUGCAAGUCCCAUGCCUUCUGUUUCAGUUCCAAUUAUUUAAUCAUAUCUAAUAUCAAUCCAUCAAAGUAUAAACAUUCCUUAACACUUUACAAAUGUAUAUGUAAAUAAAUCAAUCCACCCUCAUAUUAAUUUAUUCCAUGAUCUUUUACCCUUAGUUUUAAGUAUUUUUGUUCCUAUAAGAUCUGUUUGCCAAUGCAUGUAAUAAGUUUAAUAGCCUACAUGGCUCCUUUUGAUUUUGUGAUUUUUUAACUUGUGCCAGUAUUAUGUUUCAUGUGUUUGUAUCGUGUACCGUACUUAAUUGAGUUUGUUUUUCUCUUGUGAUGUGUAUACUGAUUUUAGGUUACGUUCCCUUAACCUGAAGGGUGAUUGUAAGUUCUACCUCUGUCAUUUUAAACCACACCAAUACCUAGAUACUGUAUAUUUUCUUACCUAAAUUGUUAAAAUAGCACAAAACGUAAUCAAGAAUCCAGCCGUUCACUUUAUUUAAACGGCAUAGCUUGGGAUUAAAGCUAUUUUGUUGUAGGCUAGUUUAAAUACUUUAUGCGAUAGUUAAAUUGAAUUUUAAUCUUAAAAUUACAUAGCUCAAUAACAAAUAUUAUUUUUAGUAACAUCUAUUUUUACUGCACUCUUACUGAUUGUAAUUAGUGCUAACCUAGUUAACAUGUGUUGCAUAUCCGUAAACGUUUAUGUGCCAUUGGUUUUGCCAAUGUCUCGCUACACCACAAAUUAACUGCGGCCAGAGGUAGAGGAAUAUGUCAAAGUAAAGUAUAUUUUUAUUGUAUUUUAUUAUAGUAUUUUCUCCAAGAUAUUGUACAAUAAAUAAUACAUAGAGCAAUAUUUAUUUAUGGUUGUUUGAACCUAAGUAGAAAAGUUUAUAAAGUGAUAGAUUAAAUUAAUAACGGGUU